AAUGUGAAGGGGAAUGGCCCAUGAACCCAGAAAAUAUUGACCAGCUGCUCUUGAAUGACCCUGAGGUCAGAAAUAUAACAGCAAAUCCACUUCAAGCCUGUGAAGAAGUUGAUCCAGUGAUGACUAUCAUUCAUCAUUUCUCCUCUUGGACCAAGUUAAAAACUGCUGUAGCAUGGCUCCUGAAGUUUAAAAGAUGGAUUAUGGCAUCCCACCGAAAGAAAGCUCUUUCAACUACAAAACCUACAAUGACAAAUGGAAAACAACAACCAAUUCUACUGAAAAAUGAAAAAGCUCUAAUUAAACAAGAUCCUGUUAAAAGAUGUCUGAAUGUGGAAGAUGUAGAAGAAGCUGAAGAGGAGAUAAUCAAAUAUUGCCAAAAAAGAAAGUUUGAAGAGGAAUUGUCCUGUUUACAAAGUGGAGCCAAAGUGAAAAGAUCAAGCCAUGUCUACAAACUCUGUCCAUUCAUAAAAAAUGGGAUUCUUCGUGUUGGUGGACGACUUAGCCGAUCUUCUAUGCCAUUGGAGACGAAACACCCAGCUAUACUGGCUAAGGAUUCACAUAUCGCAAAUCUGAUUCUACAACACGUUCAUCAUCAAGUCGGACAUGGUGGUCGAAACCACAUGCUGUCUAAGCUUCGAGAAAAGUAUUGGAUUACUGGGGCCUGCUCGGCUAUACGAAGUAUCCUAAGGAAAUGUGUUCUCUGUCGUCGACUGAAUGCACAACCCAUGUCUCAACACAUGGCAGACCUUCCCAAAGAGAGAAUUACACCUGAUGAACCACCAUUCACAUGCGUCGGUGUUGAUUAUUUUGGGCCUUUUGAAGUAAAAAGUCGAAGAAGCCUUGUAAAAAGAUAUGGAGUUAUCUUUUCCUGUAUGGCUUUACGUGCAAUCCAUAUUGAAGUUGCAUCUUCACUGGAUACUGACUCGUUCAUAAACGCCUUAAGACGUUUCAUAACAAGACGUGGUCAAGUCAAAGAGAUCCGGUCAGAUAAUGGGACGAACUUUGUAGGAGCAGAACGUGAGCUUAGGACAGCUGUGGACGGGUGGAACCAAGCAAAGAUUAACAGCAUGCUUCUCCAGAAAGGAAUAAACGAGAUGCCCUUCCUCCCCCGCCCUCCUUCCUUCCUCAGCAUCCACUGCGUAUCUGGGCCGAACCCUGCCCAGCCGCGCUGUCCUUGA